AGACUAGAAAAUGUCUUCAUUUCUCCGUUCCUUAGAUGGUAGGGCCAGAAUUUGGCAUUUAAACAAGAUUAAACAAAGAUCCAUCCAUCCCCGCAUCAAAUGCCCUGUACAUGUGGCGUUGUUUUAAUCGCACCUUGUAGAGGGCGCUACAACUCCGGAAAAGGAAAUUACAUUUUGAUGUCUUCAGUCGGUCAUUCGCUCCUCAGCGCUGGACUAAUGGCACUAAAGAGGCACUUAUAAUGGCCAAAACCGCGUUAUAAAAUGGCUCGGCGAGGAGAAGAUGCCUCAACCCAAAGUGAAGCUGGUGGUGACAGGAGAUGAUUUUGGGUACUGCGAGAGGAGAAAUCAAGGGAUUGUGGAUUGCUUCAGAGCUGGUGGCAUUUCCAAUGUCUCUCUCCUGGUGAAUGCAGUGUCAGCGAAACACGCGGCAGACCUGGCUAAAAGGUACCACAUGCCCAUUGGACUCCAUGCGAAUCUCUCCGAAGGUCUUCCAGUGUCUCAGGAACUGAAGGGUUCAACACUCCUCAACAAGGAUGGUUUCUUUCAUGGCAAGAUGGGCUUCAGGGAAGUUUUGCACAGUGGUCAGCUCAAGAUGUCAGAGGUGGAGGCGGAGCUUAGAGCCCAGGUGAAUCGCUUCUUUGAACUGAUUGGCCACAUGCCUUACCAUAUGGAUGGACACCAGCAUGUGCACGUGUUGCCAGAUGUGCGAGAGGUCUUUGCACAAGUUCUCUCUGAUUUUGGGAUCACCUACACCCGGGUCCCUAUAGAGCCCGGUCUAAGGUUUUGCAACUUCCUCCCAUCCCAUCUGAGAGAAUUCAACGCGCAGGUGGAAAAAGAUGCCCUUGAAUCUGUUGAGGUUUUUCAUCGGAAUGGAAUCAGAUGGCCUGACGUGUACCUGGGCCUGAGCACCAUGGGUAAGAACAUGUGUUUGUCCAACCUAAAACGUGCUUUGGAAGCUUCACUGGACGACGGUGUAUCUUCUCCAUUGAUUCUGACACAGUCCAACAAUGCAGCGAGCAACUGCUACCGACCGGUUACGGCAGAGCUCAUGGUGCAUCCAGGAUAUCCCAGUCAACCUCAGCAGGGUGGAUGUGGAGAAGGACCGGACGACUUUUCACAGUCCACAGAUCGACUACAUGAGCUGAACACAUUAAGAGACCCAAUGGUGCUCAACUUUUACAGGCAACAAGGGAUCCAUCUGUGUGCUUUCAAAGACUUUUAAACACUUCAGAGUAUUCGGUUGGAUAAUAACAUUAAGGAUAGAAGAUCUCGACUCAUACCUCAAAAGAUUAUUAUAUAGAGCAGUGUUUCUCAACCACGUUCCUGAAGAACCACCAGCUUUGCACAUUUUGGCAUGUCUUCUUAUCCAAACACACCCGAUUCAGAUCAUCAAGCUCAUUAGUACACUGACAAACCUGUAAUGGGUGUGAAAAAGGAGACAUCCAAAACAUGCAGUGUUGGUGGUCCUUCAGGAAUGUGGUUGAGAAACACUGCUCCAGAUCAGUGUUUCUCAACCACGUUUCUUGAGGACCACCAGCUUUGCACUUUUUACCAAACACACCCGGAUUCAGAUCAUCAGCUCAUUAGCAGACUGACAAACCUGCAGUUGGUGUGACAAAGGAGACAUCCAAAACAUGCAGUGUUUGGUGGUCCUUCAG